UUUUUCUGUCUUUUCCAUCACUUUCCACUUAGUAUCAACAAAUAAACUGCCUUUCUUUUUCCUCAAUAUUACAUAAUCACAAGUUUCUGUUUGAUGGUAUUGGCUUUUAUUACUUUAAAAAUUCUGUAUUUCUGAUGUAACUGAAUCGUAGAUUCCAAGUUCUUGCGAACGUGAAACAGAAUCUCUUCGAUAGGCAGCUUUGAACCGGAACACUGUUAGUUGGAUAUUAAGCAACGUAGAUUCCAAGUAGCUGUACAAGGCAUUUCAUAGAAAGCAACUAUGGUGCUCCCUGAUGAGGCUUCUAAAAGGCUUGAGGGGAAGUACAUAGCAAUGGUUGUGUGUUGGUUUCUUGGAAAUGGCUGCCUCUUUUCUUGGAACAGUAUGCUGACAAUAGAAGAUUACUAUGUUUAUUUGUUUCCGAAUUAUCACCCAUCGAGAGUCCUUACUCUUGUUUAUCAGCCAUUUGCACUCGGAACACUUGCAAUACUGGCUUACCACGAGGCAAAAAUAAAUACUAGAAGAAGGAACUUAUUUGGAUAUACACUGUUUUUCUUAAGUUCCCUUGCAAUUUUAGUUAUGGAUUUAGCUACGUCUGGUAAAGGAGGACUUGGAACUUUCAUAGGAAUUUGCAUCAUCAGUGGUGUUUUUGGGGUUGCAGAUGCUAACGUGCAAGGUGGAAUGGUUGGAGAUCUCUCUUACAUGAGACCUGAAUUUAUUCAAUCAUAUGUUGCUGGUUUGGCUGCCUCGGGGGUUAUAACCUCUGCUUUGAGGUUAAUCACAAAAGCAGCAUUCGAGAAUUCGCAGGGCGGUCUUCGCAAAGGAGCCAUUCUCUUCUUUGCCAUCUCUUCAUUUUUCGAGUUUCUCUGUGUUCUUCUCUAUGCAUAUGUAUUUCCAAAAUUACCUGUUGUGAAGUACUAUCGCUCAAAGGCAGCCUCUGAAGGAUCUAAAACCGUUGCAUCUGACCUUGCUGCUGGUGGCAUUCAAGCAUUACCUGAAACUGAUGAUGUUGAGUCCAAAAACCAGGAAAGGCUGAGUAACAAAGAGUUACUACUUCAGAAUAUUGAUUAUGCAAUUGACAUGUUCCUGAUAUAUGCGCUGACACUAUCUAUUUUUCCUGGAUUCUUGUCUGAAGAUACCGGCAAACACAGUUUAGGAAGCUGGUAUGCGCUUGUUUUGAUAUCAAUGUAUAAUGUAUGGGAUCUUAUUGGGAGAUACAUUCCACUCAUAAAACCGUUGAAGCUGGAAUCAAGGAAAGCUCUGACAACGGUGAUAAUUUCUCGUGUUUUACUUGUCCCGGCAUUUUAUUUCACAUCCAAAUACGGUGAUCAAGGCUGGAUGAUCAUGCUAACAAGCAUCUUAGGCUUAAGUAACGGUUACCUCACCGUAUGUGUCCUUACAUCUGCACCCAAGGGAUACAAGGGACCUGAGCAGAAUGCACUGGGGAAUUUGCUUGUUUUGUUUCUCCUAGGAGGUAUCUUUGCAGGGGUCACACUUGACUGGUUAUGGCUCAUAGGCAAGGGAUGGUAAAGUUUAGGUUCAAAGCUGGUUUUAGGAAUGAAAAAUCAGGUUUAUUGAGUUGAAAUUGGAAAUAAUGAUCCCUUGCAUUUUGAUUUGAACACAGUAAAUGAUGAAAUUGUUCCAUAGUCGUAGGCUACACGCACCAAUGCUGAGAUUUCAUAUUCAUUAAAAUUCCUUUGUAUUCAUCAACACCAUGCUUUAAGAUUACUGAAUGUGUCAUUGUCUUCUA